GGAGGGGCGGGCAGCAUGCGGGCGGCGGCGGGCACGGCCUUGCAGGGGCUGUUCGCGGUGUACAAGCCGCCGGGCAUGCCCUGGAAGACGGCGAGGGACACGGUGGAGCUGCAUCUGCUGCAGGGCCUGAAUGCUUUAAAGCGCCCGGAGCCCCGUCAGCAAAUAGGCUUCCAACGGACCAUUUCAGAGGGGGAGAACGGGAAGCAUCUCAUCCUGACUGUUAACAAGGUUCCUAUGCUGGUUGACCAUCCUCUAGUCUCAGGACCGGCGUUUACCCACUUGAAAGUGGGAGCAGGGCAUCGGCUGGACACACCUUCGUCUGGCGUGUUUUUACUCGGCGUGGGUAAUGGCACCAAGUUGCUCACAGACUGGUAUAACGCGCAUCUUACCAGGGCAUACACUGUUAAUGGCGUGUUUGGCAAAGCCACGGAUGAUUUCUCAGACAGAGGCAAACUGGUUGAGAAAACCACGUUUGAUCAUAUAACCCGGGAGAAGCUGGAACGGAUCGUUUCUGUGAUCCAGGGAUCCCAUCACAAGGCUUUACUGCAAUACGCUAACCUUGACCUGAAAACUCAAGCAGCAUACGAGCUGGCUGUGAAAGGAUUAAUUCGGCCCACGGAGAAAAGCCCGCCUUUGAUUACGGCCGUGCGAUGUCUCCGUUUUGAACCACCUGAAUUCCAGCUGGAAAUUCACUGCUUGCAUGAGACCCAGCAAUACCUCCGCAAGAUGGUUCACGAAAUAGGGCUGGAGCUGAAGUCUUCUGCAGUGUGCACCCAAGUGAGGCGGGUGCGAGAUGGCGCCUUUGUGCUGGAGGAUGCACUCCUGCGAACGCAGUGGACUCUUCCUAACAUUCAGCGCGCAAUUCUACAGGCCAAGCAGAAGGUCGACGCUGAGCUUCAAAACAGUCUCGCGCACCAGAGACCCAGGGCUGAUUAUGAAAGAGGGAGAGAGGCUGGAUCUGACCCAGCUCCAGAAGGCAUACAGCAAAGCACAACAGGAAAUACUCUACCAGCAAUCUCAAGGAUAAAAUGAGGAUGUUCUAGAAAAAAUCCUGGAACUCCAAUCUUUGGGUUACAUCGGAAAGUUCCAACUUGGCUUGUUCCUCUCUAAAACGGUACACAACAUAUCAAGAAAAGUUGGG